AACCCAGAUCGAAUUAACAGCAGAAAAACAGGGGAUAUGGAAGGUGAGAGAUUCCGGUCAGGGUCGACAAGAGGCAGUCGGAUAGUCCGGAGCCUGAGUCGGGUCGGAAGUUGGCACGUGGAAGAUGUGUUUGGUGGCGGCCCAGGAGUGGCAGGGUCAGCUAGAAGGAGUAGCCGGGCAGCUGAGGAAGAUGAGGAAGCUCUUCGAUGGGCAGCCCUUGAGAAACUGCCAACUUAUGCUAGAUUGAGAACAAGCAUUCUCAAAUCGGUCGGAGAUGAUGAUAGUAACAAUAAGGUUAUCCACGAGCAGAUUGAUGUUAGGAAAUUGGAUAUGAGUGCCAAACAAGACUUUAUCGAUAGGCUUUUCAGGGUGGCCGAGGAAGAUAACGAGAAGUACUUGAGGAAGUUCAGAGCCAGAAUUGAAAAGGUUGGGAUUAGUCUACCGACAGUUGAAGUUAGGUACGAGCAUCUUACAAUCGAAGCUGAUUGUUACAUUGGAGACAGAGCACUUCCCACUUUGCUCAACGUCACUAGGAACCUCGUUGAGUCGGGUCUAGGCUGCAUCGGGAUAGGCGCCCAAAAGACCAAACUAACCAUCUUGAAGGAUGUCUCGGGCGUCAUUAAACCGGGAAGGAUGACACUUCUAUUGGGUCCACCAUCCUCUGGGAAAACCACCCUUUUGUUAGCCCUGGCCGGAAAAUUGGACCCCAGUUUGAAGGUGAAGGGAGAAAUUACAUAUAAUGGUCAUAAGUUGAAUGAAUUUGUCCCACAAAAGACAUCUGCUUACAUCAGCCAAAACGAUGUCCAUGUCGGAGAAAUGACCGUGAAAGAAACCCUAGAUUUCUCCGCUAGGUGUCAAGGAGUUGGAUCGCGAUAUGAAAUGUUAAUGGAGCUUGCAAAGAGAGAAAAAGAUGCUGGAAUAAUUCCGGAGGCUGAAGUUGACCUUUUCAUGAAGGCAACUGCUAUGGAAGGAGUUAAAAGCAGUCUCAUUACCGACUACACAUUAAGGCUAUUGGGGCUUGACGUAUGCCGUGACACUAUUGUCGGGGAUGAAAUGAUUCGAGGUGUUUCAGGAGGUCAAAAGAAGCGAGUUACCACAGGAGAGAUGAUCGUUGGUCCGACCAAGACUCUUUUCAUGGACGAGAUAUCCACCGGACUAGACAGCUCCACGACGUUUCAGAUCGUGAGGUGCCUACAGCAAAUAGUACACUUGACUGAAGCCACCAUUCUUGUAUCCCUGCUCCAGCCUGCACCCGAGACCUUCAAUCUCUUCGACGAUAUCAUCUUGUUAUCGGAAGGUCAAACCGUCUACCAGGGUCCCCGAGAACAUGUCAUUGAAUUCUUCCAAAGCUGCGGAUUCAGGUGCCCUGAGAGGAAAGGGACUGCAGAUUUCUUACAAGAGGUUACCUCCAGGAAGGAUCAGGAGCAGUAUUGGGCCGAUAGAAACAGGCAGUAUAGAUACAUCCCUGUGAGCGAGUUUGCCCAGAGAUUCAAGAACUUCCAUGUGGGAGUUCGCAUCCAGAACGAGCUGUCGGUUCCUUUCGAUAGGGCGCAGAACCAUAAGGCUGCACUUGUGUUUAAUAGGUACUCCGUCCCUAAAAUGGAGCUUCUCAAGGCGUGCUUCGAUAAGGAAUGGCUGUUGAUCAAGCGUAACUCGUUUAUCUAUGUGUUCAAGACGGUUCAGAUCAUAAUCAUUGCUAUUAUUGCAUCGACGUUGUUUCUGAGGACAAACAUGCACACGAAUACUCUAGACGAUGGGUUAAUCUACGUAGGAGCGCUCCUGUUCGCUAUGAUCAUUAACAUGUUUAACGGAUUUGCGGAACUGUCUCUAACCAUACAGAGACUUCCAGUGUUCUACAAACAUAGGGAUCUUCUUCUUCAUCCCGCUUGGGCCUUCACUUUACCCAAUUUCUUGCUUCGGAUACCAAUCACCAUGUUUGAAUCCGUCAUUUGGAUUGUCAUGUCCUACUACACAAUCGGUUUUGCUCCUGAGGCAGACAGGUUUUUCAAGCAACUGUUGAUAGUAUUCUUGAUCCAACAAAUGGCUGCUGGGGUCUUCAGGCUCAUUUCUGGAGUUUGCAGAACAAUGGUCAUUGCAAGUACAGGCGGGGCUCUCAUUCUACUACUCAUAUUCCUACUCGGUGGUUUCAUCCUGCCAUACGAUCAAAUUCCAAAGUGGUGGCAGUGGGCAUACUGGUUAUCUCCAUUGACUUAUAGUUUCAAUGCAUUGGCUGUAAAUGAAAUGUUUGCUCCAAGGUGGAUGAAUAAAAUGGUAUCUCCCAAUAGUAAUACAACUCUGGGAAUUGCGAUUCUAAAUACCUUCGAUGUCCCUACUGAACCAAACUGGUAUUGGAUCGGGGUAGGAGCGCUUUUGGGCUUCAUAGUUAUCUUAAACAUUCUCUUCACCCUCGCCCUCACUUACCUAAGUCCUUUUGGGAAGGCACAAGCUGUGCUUUCCAAAGAGACAGCCAUGGAGAUGGAAAAUGACCAAGAACAUACCAACGAACCUCCCAGGCUCAGAAUUAACGGAUCAGUUAGGGAGACAUCCUCUCCUUCCUUGUCUGCUGCGGAUGGAAACAAUACAAGAGAAAUGGCAGUUCGACGGAUGAGUAGCCAAUCAAAUCCAAACGGACUGAGUAGAAACGACGAUCCGAUCCUCGAGUCUGUGGGUGGCAUUGCGCCCAAGAAAGGAAUGGUGCUACCAUUCACUCCUCUAGCCAUGUCUUUUGAUACAGUGAAUUACUACGUGGACAUGCCGCCAGAAAUGAAGGCUCAAGGUGUAACCGAAGACAGGCUUCAAUUACUCCGAGGCGUAACAAGUGCGUUUAGGCCUGGAGUUCUCACCGCGCUUAUGGGAGUUAGUGGAGCUGGAAAGACCACUCUCAUGGAUGUCCUAGCAGGAAGGAAAACCGGAGGAUACAUUGAAGGUGACGUCAGAAUUUCCGGGUUCCCAAAGAACCAAGAAACGUUUGCCAGGGUUUCUGGAUACUGUGAACAGACCGAUAUCCAUUCUCCACAAGUCACGAUUCGAGAAUCCUUAAUCUAUUCGGCUUUCCUCAGACUCCCCAAAGAAGUCAGCAAGAGUGAAAAAAUGCUUUUUGUGGAUCAAGUGAUGGACCUGGUGGAAUUGGACAACCUUAAAGACGCCAUUGUUGGGCUUCCCGGGGUUUCUGGACUGUCGACGGAGCAGAGAAAGAGAUUGACGAUAGCGGUUGAGCUCGUUGCUAACCCCUCCAUUAUAUUCAUGGAUGAACCGACAUCUGGACUUGACGCAAGAGCGGCCGCCAUUGUUAUGAGGACAGUCAGAAACACAGUGGACACAGGAAGAACUGUCGUGUGCACAAUUCAUCAGCCCAGCAUUGAUAUCUUUGAAGCCUUUGACGAGCUCCUGUUGAUGAAAAGGGGAGGACAGGUUAUCUACUCUGGACCCCUCGGUCGAAACUCUCAAAAGAUUGUUGAAUAUUUCGAGGCUGUUCCUGGCAUUCCAAAAAUUAAAGAAAUGUACAAUCCAGCAACAUGGAUGCUAGAAGUAAGCUCGGUUGCCGCAGAAGUCAGGCUUGGGAUGGAUUUUGCAGAGCACUACAGAUCGUCAGCGUUGUUCCAGCGAAACAAGACUUUAGUGAAGGAGUUAAGCGUACCUCCACCAGGAAACAAAAAUAUCUUCUUCUCGACACAAUACUCUCAGUCUACGUGGGGGCAAUUCAAAUCCUGUCUAUGGAAACAAUGGAUAACUUACUGGAGAAGCCCCGACUAUAAUCUCGUUAGGAACUUCUUCACUUUGAUAGCUGCCUUAAUGGUGGGAACAAUUUUCUGGCAAGUUGCUAAUAAGAGCCAAAAGAGCGUAUCGGAUUUGACAACAAUGAUAGGAGCAAUGUAUUCAGCUGUCCUGUUUGUUGGAAUUAACAACUGUGGAACAGUACAGCCAUUGGUAGCUACUGAAAGAACAGUUUUCUACAGAGAAAGAGCAGCUGGAAUGUAUUCUGCACUACCUUAUGCAUUUGCCCAGGUGAUUGCUGAGCUACCAUAUGUGUUUGUCCAAACGAUGUACUUCAGUCUCAUCGUUUAUGCCAUGAUUGGAUUCGAAUGGGCAGUUGGGAAAUUCUUUUGGUUUUUCUUCAUCACCUUCUUCUCCUUCCUCUACUUCACUUACUAUGGAAUGAUGACUGUCUCCAUAACGCCAAACCAUCAAGUGGCAGCUAUAUUUGCAGCAGCAUUCUACGCGCUCUUCAACCUUUUCUCUGGAUUCUUCAUUCCAAAACCUAAAAUUCCAAAGUGGUGGAUAUGGUACUACUGGAUAUGCCCAGUUGCAUGGACUGUUUAUGGAUUGAUUGUAUCUCAAUACGGUGAUUUACAGAGCGAACUUAUCGUUCCUGGAGUGACUCCCAAUCCGACCAUUCAAUCAUACAUCAAAAGUCACUUCGGCUAUGACCCAGAUUUCAUUGGCGGAAUUGCAGGAGGACUGGUGGCUUUCUGUGUCUUUUUUGCCUUCAUGUAUGCCUAUUGCAUCAAGACCUUAAACUUCCAGACAAGGUAGAAGAAGCUCAUGAUGAAUAUAUAUGUGUAAUUAUAGAUAGAGAGAAAGACAGUGAGUGAUGGAAACAUAUCUAGAAUAUGUGUGUAUUAAUUAUCAAGAAUUUAAUGUUUUGAACUGGUUUCCUUUA